CGGCUCCAUCCAUUGGCGUCGGUGUUUUCAGGAGUCAGUUAUCGUCGUAGUUGUAGCGCCACGGUUAAAUAGAAAAUGGCUCUAUUAACGCCGUUACUCGCUUUCCUGUACCACCUCCCGCAGGUGUAUAAGUGGCUGCUGAAGCCGUACUAUAUAGCUUCGCUCUUCAUGUCUAUAGCCUUUCUAGCUGUUCGCAAGACGCCUGGUAUCUGCGACCAUCUGGCCACACAGCGAGAGGACGGCAACUCCUGCGACUUUGACUGGAGAGAGGUGGAGAUCCUCAUGUUCCUCAGUGCCAUUGUCAUGAUGAAGAACAGACGAGCGAUAACUGUGGAGCAGCAUGUGGGCAACAUCAUCCUGUUCAGCAAAGUGGCAAAUGUCAUCCUGUUCUUCAGACUGGACAUCAGGAUGGGCCUGCUCUACCUGACACUCUGCAUAGUGUUUUUGAUGACCUGUAAGCCUCCUCUUUACAUGGGACCAGAGUACAUCAAAUACUUCAGCGACAAAACCAUUGAUGAUGAGCUGGACAGGGACACUCGUGUGACGUGGAUCGUUGAGUUUUUCGCCAACUGGUCUCCAGAGUGCCAGUCCUUUGCUUCCGUCUAUGCUGAUCUGUCUCUGAAGUAUAACUGUGCUGGCCUCAAGUUUGGCAAAGUGGACAUCGGGCGUUAUGGAGAGGUUUCCAAGAAGUACAAGGUGUCCACAUCUCCGCUGUCCAAACAGCUUCCCUCCUUGGUGUUGUUUCAGGGAGGGAAGGAGGUGAUGCGGCGCCCCCAGGUGGACAAGAAGGGCAGAGCAGUGUCCUGGAGCUUCACUGAGGAGAACAUCAUCCGAGAGUUCAACCUGAACGAACUCUACCAGAAAUCCAAGAAGCUCAACAAGACCAAAGGGGACAAGGUCAGCCAGUCCCAGUUCCCACCGGUCCCUGAGGAGGAGGAGCCCGAGCAGCAAGAGGCCGCCACCCAGGGCCAGGAGUCUGAAUCCAAGAAGGACAAAUAGGAUGGUUUGUGUCACUCUUUGGACUUCUGGAUAGAGCUUGUGGCUCUUCUUCCCUCUCCUCUUCAGUGUUUUUUCUUUUUUCUUUUUUUUUUUUUUGAGCUCAUGAAUCAGAACAGGACUGGUGUCACUGUGGAUCAUAGUGUCCCUCCAUCCCCCGUGAAAGAAAAACGAGAGAAAAAGUCCAGGCUUCAUAGUUAGUUUGUGUUUUUAAGGCCACAUGCGAGUGCCUGGACUUUUUUUUUCAGCCAUAAGAAGUAAACUCGCCACAGUACCAUUUAACACUAAAACUCCUUAAACCCAAACAUGUGACACUGGUGCAGCUACAGUGACUUCAGUCUGUCCCUUUAUUAAAUAACAAAAAGAUCAAAUAUACGCUUAAGAGGAGCAGCAGACUGGGAUACAGCAAACCAGCUUCUGAAGGGGGUCAUCAUGUUAAAACACGGUCCAAUAUAUGAGUGUAAGGUCUGGAAAUAAGACCCCGUGCACUGCAUUAUGAGAGUCUACACCACUUUUCUGAUGGGUAAAGCUGUGAGAUUGAGUGGCGUCUAAUUUAGGAGAGUUCUUACUAAUGAACACUGAAUGUGAUGCUAGAUUUUAUUUUUAAUCAUUCUAUGAUUAACUGCUUAUUCAUGUAAACUAAGUUGUAACUGGGCGGCACACAGCAGGUAGGCUGACAUAGAUUCAUUUGCAGUGUUCAACAGUACAUUCAGGUUUGUGGUGGUUUUGGCUGGAUGACAGAUGUCAUACUUCAGCACAUCUGCAUGAGUCGGGUGGUGUUACUCAAGUUUGCUAACAGUUGGACAGCGUCUCUGUUCAUUCCUGUGGACUUGAUUUCGUGCUGUCAUUCAAGUUUUUCUGACCCAACAUUCCUUCGGUUUCCUCUUAUUUUAUUUCCACAGGUCCCAACUGUCCUUUGUUUGUUGCUUUUUUUAUUUUGUGAACUUGCCUCUCAAACAGAGAUGAACCUGACGGUCUUCAGCUCUCUGUUAGCGCGUCAUGUUUCCUGCGUUCAUGCUGUCAUGGCUAACUUGCGAGACAUUUUCUUAUUGGGAAACUCCAUCAGGUUUAUACUGAUUAGGUCACAGUGUUUUUUGACUACAUACAUUCUUCUGUUAUCAAUAAAGCGAACAGUAUUUUUAUGUUUUUGGAAGCAAGCAGUGCUCGAGCUUCAGCAUUCACUGGAACUCUGUAUUUCACAGGUUCUCAACCUUUUCUGGCCAGGCACCCAACAAUGUCAAUGCUUUGUCAAUUUAAACAUGGAGGAGUCUUCAUAUUGAUUCUUUCAGAUGGGGAAACACUGAGCAUUUUCAUUAAUCCUGUACAUUGUGUCAACUCACAGUGUACGACAAAACGGGACACUUCAGGCAUGACCCCCCUGACACUGCACCUCAAACAACAACCCAUCCGUCAGAUCAAACUCAAAUGUCAAUUUUGAGUGUCCUACCGAAUUUAGGUUUUAUAUGUCUUUGCAGCAUUCACUGAUCGCAGCAGCUACUGUAAUCUGAACCCAAACUGUUUCCUAGCAAAGUAAUUCUGAAACAGUUGAAAUGGAAAAGGUCUGUUGAAUGAUGAUAUUUUCCAUUUUGAGGCCACACUAGCAGUGUGGUUCUAGGCAGAAUCAUUGGGUCAGUCUGUCUACCUCUUUGUUCCAGACUGCAUACUGUACUUUGGUUUCUGACCAAAUACCCGCAGAACUAUUGACAUUCCUUCUGCCUCAGCUGUACUUUCUAUUCAUAAUUUGUACGUUACCACGGUAACACACAAAACCGAGACGGUGCACAAGGUAAAUAUUAUACCUGCUAAACAUUAGCAUGUUAGCAUUGCCACUGUUAGCAUGUUAGCAUGCUGACUUUAGCAUUUCGCUCAAAACACUGCUUGCAGCUAAGUACAACCAGAGCUGCUAGCAUGGUUGUAUAAUCUAGUCUUGGUUUAAUUUCUUUUCUGUCACAGAAACUAUCAAAUGAUUAUUGAUAAAUCGGUCAGAAAUCAUCAAUGGCCCGUCUUCAUAUCAAGUGAUCCCACCUUGGAUCCUGACUCUGGGGCUGAGAAACUGGGUGAUCGUGGUCGCCGGCAGAGCUCACCUGAAAUGUUCCAACAUGACAUUGGUACCUGUGACUGUCAUUAACUGGAUAUUGAAGACUUUGCACUGUAUGGAUCCAUGAAGCUUAUCGCAGCCUUUGCAUUUCCUUGUUUCCAUUCAGAUUUUAAUGUCGUGUUUGCUAAUCAAACGAUGUCAAACACGUGUCCUGUGUAUUCUUGCUGAACGCUGGACAAACCCUGGAUUCUGUAAAGGUGUGAUUAGCUUGAUGAUGAACUGAGAGCAUGUUUGCAGCUUCAAACUGAAGUCUGGUCCUAAUGAGAUGAGAGGACAUUCCAUGAUUGUCUGAGACAUCCACACAUCCACUUUGUUUUUAUUUAUUUAUUAUUUAGAUUUUUUAUGAAUUGCUUUUACAUUUUUAAUGAUCAGAAAGGCUGUUUUCUUCUGGUCUAAAACAAGAGUUUUAGAGGCUAUUGAUUUUUUUUCCUGAUUCUUGAUAACAUUCCUCAUUAUGAUUUUGCCCCCCCUCCGGCAGUAAACUGUAAACAUAUGCAUCCAUAAACUGUUUAGAUUUUCUUUUUGAAGACACUGUGAGUUUAUUCCUUAAUGAUUAUUUUAAUGACUAAAACUGAUUUUCUUAUGUAUUGUUAUGUAUUAGUUAUUUUGAAAUUGAUUUGACCUUUUGUCAUAUUGCAUUUCUUUGAGCAGCAUUCCGAGGCUUCUAUGUGUAUUUGCAGUCCAAUGAAUGGAGAAGAAACACCUCAGAGGUCUGGCCUGUUUUGUUAUUCAUGCAAUAAAGCAAUGUGCACAUG